AUGGACUUGCAAAUUAUUGCGAAUUCAACCGAUCAAGAAAUAGAUAGUUCUACUCUUUAAAAUCAUGAUCAGUAAAUAGAUUUUAAUUCGAAAUAAAAUUAGAAUAACCGAAAACAACUUGAUUCUAGAGUAUGCGGCAUUUUCCUCCUCUCCAACAAAUACUCUAUCUUGGAACCUAAAGAAACUUAUAUACUAAUUAAAAACAAGGAUCCAAUGAAGAUAAGUUUGAUAAAAUAAACAAGCGAUAGGUUAAAAGAGACUCCAAAAAAUUAGAUAAUUCUUGAUCAUAAUACAGAUGAGAAUAUUGAAAAGAUAAGAGAGAAUCUAAUUGAAAAAAUCCCCGGUUAUGGAAGAAAUGGGAUUAUAGUACUCUCUGACAAUAGAGAUAAUGAAUUUCUUUACAUUAACCCUUGUAAUGGAAAAAAAUAUAGAUAGUAUGAUGACAAAGGGAAUCGCUAUUUGAGGAGCGACAUAUUGUACAAAACAAUAUCAAGAGAUAUGAGAAAAUUUUUUUCCAAAGACUUUAAUGCAGUCACAGGAUUUAUCUUGAUAAAGAAUCGAAAAGAAAACUUUUUCUUCCUUCGAUAGAUUGGUAGUUACCUUCAAUACAGAUUUCCUGAACUUUAUUCUAAAUACUAAGUCCAGGAGAAAUAAAUAAACUAAGACAAUAAUCUAAUUUUUAAUGAUUUGAUAUUAUUCUUUGGAUGCCUAAUCUACCCAAAAGAAGUAUAUAAAUCACUAAUAAUCUAAAAUGGAAAUUCAAAAAAUGAAGCACCCAAUGAAUCAAUAGAUUGCAGAACAAAAAUGAAUACGAUCUCUGAAUCAAAUCUAAAAAAAAUGUUCCAUCAAUCUCUUAAUAAAUUUUCUCUAGAAAAACUAUACAAAUUGAUAAACACAGAGUUUUAUGCCUAUUUCUUUUGUCAUUACUUUUCAAAGCAAGUAUUAAGGACUGAUUACCUAGAAACAAAGAAAUAUAAUUUAGAUAACUCUAAUGGAAGUCAUUAUCCAGCAUUUGUGUUAGCCUAUAAUUUGUUACUCAAUUUGAGCUAAUUAACCUUAAUAAAAUCAAUCAGAAAAAUUAAUGAAAAGUAGAAGUAUGAGCAAGAGCAAUAUUAGUAAAAUAUGAUAAAUUUUGUGCAUUUAAAGCCUAAAUCAAUGAUUUUAUUCAGGAUAACCAAAGAAAAUCAAUCAAAAAUUGAAUUAUUCCAGUGUCAGACAUAAAAAAGAAAGAAUUUGAAGAAAAGAUUUUCAGGUACUAGAAUUUAAGAAUUAGAGAGAGUAAUAUAAUCGGGAAAAUAAAUUUGA